AUGGCGCAAAAACAAGUGGGAUGGGUUGGGCUUGGCUCAAUGGGCAUCGGCAUGUCCACCAACCUGCAAAAGUUUCUCUCUUCAUCCGGAGCACCAAACUUGAUUUACACCAACCGGACAUUAUCACGCGGCGAUUCCCUCAAGGAGUUGGGUGCCAUUCCCGCAGAGACUGUUUCGGAGGUAGCUAAGAAGUCUGAGAUCAUCUUCUCUUGUGUGAGCAACGAUGCCGUUCUCCAAGAGACAACGAAUGAGAUCAUCAAGUCUGGAGAUAUCAAGAACAAGAUAUAUGUCGACUGCUCAACCGUUCACCCCGAUACUUCCGCCGCUGUUUCGAAACAAAUCACCGAGGCCGGGGGCCAGUUUGUUGCUGGCAAGUUCACUUACGCCCCCGUCUUCGGAGCCUCAGCAAUGGCCGCCGCCGGCAAACUCAUCUUCGUCACGGCCGGACCCGAAUCCGCAACCUCAGCCAUCUCUCUAUACCUUAACGGCGUCAUGGGACGCUCCGUCAUCCCCAUGGGCACAGAUGUAACCAAGUCAAGCUUGCUCAAGAUUGCCGGGAACAUCGUAGUUGUCUCCUUCAUGGAGGUCCUCUCCGAAGCCCACGUCUUUGCCGAGAAAACGGGCCUCGGCUCGCCGGUGCUGGAGAACAUGAUCUCGGACAUGUUCGGCCCCGUUCUUGAGAGCUACAGCAAGCGCAUUACCAGUGGUUCCUACGCUCCGCCACCUGAUGGCAAGGCUGGGUUCGAUGUGGCGCUGGCGAUGAAGGAUUUGAGGCAUGCACUCACGUGUGCCAAGGAUGCGGGAACGAAGCUGGAAACUAGCGAGGCUGCAUUGAGGCAUAUGGAAAAGGCUAGAGAGUUUGAAGCAGUGAGGCCGUUGGAUAGUAGUUCCAUGUAUGGUGCAGUGCGUCUGGAGGCUGGUCUCGACUUUUACUCUGAUGCUUGCAAGGAAAGAGAUGCAAAGAAGUAG